UUCAAAUUCUACCUGCACCUUCUCGAAAUACUCAAAAUUGCACUGUUCCGUCCUCGCCUGUUGCCCUCCGGCGUCAUUCUUCUCCUAGUGCUCCCUCAAGACGAACACACUUUCAAUCCUCAAGUCUUCGACAGGCUCACUCAAAAAGGGAUUCUCGCAAAGUGUCUGAUCGCCGCGCGAUCAUGUCCCAUCCUUUUUCUUCGAGGGGAACGCCUAGUCGGAUGCUAUACUCUCAAUCGGACGCCCCUGGGCGGAGGUCUGCGGACAGUGGGCAACGCGUCAUGCAGUCACCGCCUUACGCACUGCCAAGCGCUUUUGUCCAGUCUCAUGGAAGCAUGGAUAUAGGCCCACAAGCGUCCGGUUCCAGCUUGGCGCCGACAUCAAGCCUGUCUGGUGCCGUUGGGGAUAUGAAUAUUCCCCCGCACUUAUGGAAUGCUGCAACCAGACCUCCUUACUCAAAUGCACCGACAUCUUGGGUGCCCGGUGCUCACAGUAUGCCCAAUAUUCCGCCAAACAUGCAAUCCCAUAUUCAUUCUACCGUCCCUUACAAUACCACACCUACCACGGAUCUUAAUACUGCACCACACCAUAACCAUCCAUCAGCCACACCAAGGUCCCCGCCAUUUACGCACGCCUACUCAAGUCAAAUGUCAUUCCAACAAGACCGUUCUCCUCAAAACUCUCCUGCCAUGAUGCUGGGCCGCCCAGGAUCUCGGAUGUCAUUUGAUCAGACUCGCCGCCCUUCACAGGAUGCCCCAGAAGAAGAAAACAAAUUCCUUCGAAAGAGGGUGAAAGACCUUGAGCUAGCUAAUGAGAAAGGCCGUCAGCGUAUCAGGGAGCUUGAAGCAGAAUUAGCUGACCGCAGCAUCGCUGGCCCUUCAAUCAGACACACUGAGCCGUCCAUGAGUACAGUGUCUAGUAGAAUGCCCACUCCUCCGGCUGUGCAGGCAUCCUGGAAAGCUCGGACAGACGCUCGCGUACGGCUUUUCUGUUCGUUGAAUCGUGCUGGAAACGCGUUAUGCUCCUGGCACGAUUCGCGUCGGGAGCGUCGGAUACACCCACCCCGUAUGGCUCCUCCUGGCUAUUUAAACUGUGGUUGCACACAUGAAGAGGCGCUUUUUGAAGAAAGUUUGUCUCGUCAUGAUGUUGGCAGCUACCAUCCUGGAGAGGCCGUCCGUAUGGACCCUGCCCUUCGUAACCCUCUCCUCAAAUUACUGCAGGAGCGAUAUGCAUACAGGGAUGGUGACUUCGAAAGAGAUCCGGCUACGGGGAAUUGGAAAGAGGGUGAGGGAAGCGCCUCAUGGGAGCAGAAGCUGCUCGCAGGUGCUUCUAACUCUAGGAAAAGAGGCGACGAUCGUCGGUAAGCCUUGGUCAUUGUAAAUAUUUAAGUUAUCUACAUCUUCCCGCAUUACUGUGCGACGACUUUUCUUUUAGAUUGCAUACUGUAUUGC